AUGGCACAUGUGGCUCUUUUUUAUUUGGAGCUACAUCAGAUGGAUAUCAAGACUGCGUUUCUCAAUGGAGACAUUGAUGAGACGAUUUACAUGGUACAGCCAGAAAACUUUGUGUCAAGAGAUCCAAAGUCUAUGGUUUGUAAGUUGAAGAAAUCCAUCUAUGGUCUCAAACAAGCUUCUCGCCAAUGGUAUCACAAGUUCCAUCAAGUCAUCACCUCGUACAGUUUUGAAGCGAAUGUUGUUGAUGACUGUGUCUAUCAUAAGUUCAGUGAAAGUAAAUAUAUCUUCUUGGUAUUAUAUGUUAAUGAUAUUCUGCUCGCUAGUAGUGAUAUAGGCUUACUGCAUGAAACCAAGAAAUUUCUGAUGAAGAAAUUCGAGAUGAAAGAUCUUGGGGACGCCUCUUUUGUAUUGGGUAUUCAAAUACUAAGAGAUCUUUCUCAAGGUAUCCUUGGAUUGUCAAAAAAGAGCUUUAUCGAUAAAGUUUUAAGUAGAUUUGACAUGAAAGAUAGUAGACUAGGAGACACGCCCAUUUCUAAAGGAGACAAGUUUAGUUCCAAACAGUGCCUCAAUAAUGAUCUUGAAAGAAAAAAGAUGCAGAAGAUUCCAUAUGUGUCAGUGUGUUUGCGCUGCAUUAAGGAAUCUAGAAUGACUAAAGAAGGACCAGUUGGAAAUAGACAUGUCUCAGAUCACAUUUCCUGUUCAGAAUAUGUGGUCUAUAUAGUGACGGACAAUGCUGCAAACUAUGUUGCCGCUGAAAGCAUAUUAGCCCAGAAGGAUCCAUUAAAAGAAACGGUAACAUCUAGCGAGUGGACUUUAUCAGCAUAUGCAAAGGAAAGUAAAAGAAAAAGAUUUGUUGAUGAUGUAUUUGAUUCUGUAUUUUGGAAAGAGUGUGCUACUAUUGUGCAACUUACUAAGCCACUCGUUCGUGCUCUAUGGAUUGUUGAUAGUGAUGAAAAGCUUUCGAUGGGCUACAUGUAUGAAGCUAUUCAUGUGACAAAAAAUGAAUUACAUUUUAAUGAUCUUGAUCUUGAUUGUGAUGGAAAUGAUGACACUGGAAAUGAUAAUAAAAAUGAUACAAACAAUGGAAAUGAGGAUUUUGGUAUGAUUGAGAUUCUAUCAUUGGUACAAGGCGAAGGAAUUGAAGAAUUUAUGGCUGUGACCCUAGCAUGGAUGCACUCUAACUCUUCUUAA